UAAAUAGAGAGAGUGUGCGUGUACUUUGGUGUGUGUUUUUUUGACAAGAUUGUUUCGGACAUUAAAACCCAAAAAAAUGGGAAAGGUGGUGGCGUGUGCGACGGUGAUCGGAGCAACGGCGGCGUGUGCAGUGGCGACGGUGUUGAUUCAUCGUUACGUGAAGAAAUCGAAGCGAUGGGGUAAAGCAAUAGCGAUAUUGAAGGAAUUUGAAGAGAAGUGUGCGACACCAACGUUGAAGCUGAAACAGGUUGCUGAUGCAAUGACGGUGGAGAUGCACGCUGGUCUUGCUUCUGAUGGUGGUAGUAAGCUCAAAAUGCUUAUCAGUUUUGUUGAUAAUCUUCCUACAGGGAACGAGGAAGGACUAUUUUAUGCAUUGGACCUUGGAGGAACUAACUUUCGUGUAUUACGUGUGCAACUCGGUGGCAAGGAUGGUGUUGUCGGUCAAGAAUUUACCGAGGUGUCGAUUCCUCCAAAUUUGAUGGUCGGGACAUCACAUGAACUCUUUGACUAUAUUGCAGCAGAACUUUCAAAGUUUGUUAAUGAAGAAAGUGAAGAUUUCAAGGUUCCUCCUGGUAGAAAGAGGGAGCUAGGUUUUACCUUUUCCUUUCCUGUCAAGCAAACAUCCAUUUCUUCUGGGGACCUUAUCAACUGGACAAAAGGUUUCAAGAUCGAUGAUGCGGUUGGUCAGGAUGUUGUGGCUGAAUUGAGAAAAGCAAUUGAGAGACAAGGUCUUGAUAUGAACAUAACAGCUUUGGUCAAUGAUACAGUCGGGACAUUAGCUGGAGGCCGACAUACAAACAAAGAUGUCAUUGCUGCUGUUAUUUUAGGUACUGGAACAAAUGCAGCGUACGUGGAGAGUGCUCAAGCAAUACCAAAAUGGCACGGUGAUUUGCCCAAGUCUGGAGAAAUGGUUAUCAACAUGGAGUGGGGAAACUUCCGGUCAUCGCACCUUCCAUUAACUGAGUAUGACUAUUCCUUAGAUGCUGAGAGUUUAAACCCUGGUGAACAGACUUUUGAGAAGAUAAUUUCUGGAAUGUAUUUGGGUGAAAUUGUUCGUAGAGUACUAUACAAAAUGGCCGAAGAAGCUUGGUUUUUUGGUGAAACCGUUCCUUCAAAACUGAAAGUUCCAUUCAUAUUAAGGACACCUGACAUGUCUGCCAUGCAUCAUGACUCGUCCGCUGAUCUCAACGUGGUCAAAACCAAACUGAAGGAGAUUUUAGAGAUAUCUGAUACUUCCCUGGAAGUGAGAAAGGUGGUUGUUGCAUUGUGCAAUAUUGUUGCUACCCGUGGUGCUCGUCUUUCUGCAGCUGGUAUCGUGGGAAUUCUGAAGAAGUUGGGAAAAGAUACCAUCACCAAUGGCGAGGGUCAGAAGAAUGUGAUAGCCAUGGAUGGUGGAUUGUAUGAGCAUUACACUGAAUACAGAAAGUGCUUAGAAAAUACCCUAAAAGAGUUGCUUGGUGAAGGUGUAUCGGAUAGUGUUAUCGUUGAACACUCAAACGAUGGUUCAGGAACUGGUGCUGCACUUCUUGCUGCUUCUCAUUCUUUUUACCUUGAUGGUUAGCAAUUAUCAUGUUAUUCGGAUUUUGUAUCAACUAUUUUUUUGGAUGUCAUUUUCCAAUUUUGACCCCAGCAGUCUAGGAAAGAUUGACAUGCACACAUAUACUUUAGGUCUUUUUUUUUUUGUUGCAAUAUUUGGUCAUCACAAGUUCUUUACAUGCCUAUUUAUGACAGAGAAUUCUGCAAUGUACUAAUUUCUACGUUGCUGUUAGGAUAUGAUAAUAUCCUUUUUUGCCAAAGUUAUUGGAUUAUUUGAGAUGA